CUGUCUUGAACAUCCUAGAGCUGUAAUUAAUUUUAAUUCACCACCAAGCGGCGGGGUUGCAGUUUUGCAAAUUAUUAAUACCGCCAGACAUUUACCUGAGAAAUCUGGAGAGCUAAUCGAUCCUCCAAAGCUGAGCGCACCUUAACAUCCCGCCACAGGCCGCCCCUCCAUAUCACGAGAACCACCUGGAGAUGACGAACGAAUGUUUUUAAACCGUAUUGAUCUUACGACGGCUUUACGUCCAUCGUAUCUUCCUGAAGAGGUGCUUCUAUUUGUUCAGGAUAACGUAGGACUUUACGAAGGGAAAUACAAGCUCCCAAAUCAACAAAAUGGACAGGUGUAUUUAACAUCCCACCGCAUAUGCUACGUCGAUAAGGAAGAACCCCGGAAACACUCGGUAUCUCUUGAUCUAAAAGAUGUAGACAAGUGCGACUUUUACGCCGGCUUUCUUAAAUCUUCGGCCAAGAUUACCCUCAUACCGAAGCCAUUACGCGGCGGACUUCGUGCAAGGGCUGCAUCCAACGCUGCCACACCAAACAAAAGUAGUUCGCCGGCCAGCGGUGCAGAGACGCCUUUCCCACCGCCGACACCACAGGCCCCCAUCACCUGGGUCUGCACGAUAUGCAGCUUCUCCAAUGUCAUGCCCGCUGGGUUUGAUCCCACAACUGCAAACCAGCACACCUCACUACCACCCUGCCAAGCCUGCGGCAUCAAACCAUCCCUUUCACAUAUUCUCAAGACUGCUAUAGCCAGCCAGUCUCAGCGGUCAGAAGUACCGCCUCUACUACAACCGACACCCACCGAAUUCCCACCCGUCCCAAGAAAACAUGGCUCUUCCAAAGAAAUCACCUGCCCCCGAUGUACCUUUGGCAACCACGUAUCCAUGACAAGCUGCGAAAUGUGUGGGCACUCGCUCGUUCCAAAACAGGGCCCAUCAACACCUACACGAUCAAGCUUUCGAACAGAGUCGCCAGGCCCAACGCUUGGUAGCAGCCCCUCUCAUACCCCGGACCUUCUAGACGGCGUCAAGCUAUCUUUCCGUGGCGGUGGAGAGAAAAUAUUCUAUGAAAGACUUAAAAGCUCCAUGACACAACGGAAAUGGCUUCUCCAAAACGCGCCACCGGCACCUUCAAACAGCCGCCCAUACGACGAUACGCAGUCCCAAAACAUGAACGACUCGUCACGAGCGGCUAAGACGGCAGGAAUUGCCGGGCUCGAGCAGCUCGGUCUGAACAUGCGCAAAAAUAACGAAAUACUAAUAGGAAGUGCCUUUGAAGAUCUUGAAGCGCUCAUGGCCUCAGCCAAGGAAGUAGUUGCCUUGGCUGAACGCUUUUCGCGUCAGAAUAGUUCGGGUGGCGGCACAUUUUCCGCUGAAGAAAGCGCUAUUCUCGCCGAAUCCGCCAGUCAGCUUGGCCUCAUUACUACCAAGGAGAUGCUAGGCGGCGGCAAGUCGGAAUCACUGUACCUCUCUGAACUCUCGCGCAAUGUUGCCGAAUUCUUGACCGACGACGCCCGCGGUGUGCUCAAGAAAGCAGGCGGUAUUCUCACUCUUGUCGAUCUCUGGGCCAUGUUCAACCGCGCCCGCGGUGGCGUAGAGCUUGUCAGCCCAAUGGACUUUGAAAAAGCCGCUCGCCUCUGGGAAUCCCUCAAACUGCCAGUUCGUCUGAGAACAUUUCGCAGCGGUGUCAUGGUUGUACAAGGCCGCGACCGAACCGACGACGUCACAAUCGCUUCCAUCGUGUCCUGGAUGCAGGAUCUACACGAGUUUCCUCCAGAUAACGAAGUUGCCUGGGACUGGAGAGAAUUUGGUCGUGGCGUCACACCGCAAGACGCUGCAGAGAGGUUCGGCUGGAGUCUUGGUGUAGCGGAGGAAGAACUACUCGUAGCAGAAGAACAUGGUGUGCUCUGCCGCGAAGAGGGCCUCGAAGGGCUCAAGUUUUGGGAGAAUUUCAUUGGAUCUCUUGAUCCUAACGCAGCUAGUGCUAAAAGCGAUGAAGAGCUGAUGCUUUCGCGUCUUCGGAACAUGGGCUUGGUAUAGUGUAUAUAAUGACAAACGUUUAAAUGAAUAUACGACGAUGCAUUAUUUUGAUAGUUUGAUAUUCUGUUUAAAUGAGGAAUUGCUUGCUUUAAAUUGUUUAAUAAAUUUUGGUAAAUCCUACAAUAACCAUGUCUAAACGCCGUGGCAAAUCUAUGCUGCCUUUUUUGCCCAUUUUCAUAAACCGGGUUAAGCCCCGUUAAUCAUUACAUCUCAUUACAGCAACAUUUGUAGUUGCAUUAUAAUUAUACAUCCACAUGGGUUGACAUGUGGUCCACAGCUUCCUUGAUGCUGCGUAGCAUGCGCUGGUUAACGCAAAAGGGACACCGCAGGGGACGAUCAUGCACAAGAUGGUCCUCUGUGUGCAACGGUGUAAGAGUCAAUUCGGGCGGUAACUCGUGCGAGGGCGUCUCGUAACGAGGCGUAGAGUCUGCACGCGGGCCAUCCACAAGCUGAGCAUGCAAACUGCGUUCAGCACGCUCGCGCUCCUCUCGUACAGCAGCCGCCUGCUCCUCUGCAGCCUGUUCUUCCUCCUGGAGUUGGCGGAGCGCAUUCUGCAGCACAACCUCCGGGUCGUCGUCGUUGUACAUGGGCGGCUCUGGCGGCGGAGGCGAAGGCUCCAUCUCUGGUUCAGGCGGAGGGGCAGCCAGCGCAGCAACAGCCGUGGCGUGCGUGUUUGCCAUGGCAAUGCGUCGCACAACCUCAUCACGCACAAGGGCGCAGAUACUGAGGCUUGCUUCCACGCCAACAACGCGCAGAAUCUGCUCUCGAAUGGCAGCCGGGCUGGUGUCGGACACAAUGCCCAUGAAGCGCGGGACACAAUCUGAGAGAUACUCGAUGUCCUCUGCUGGAUUGAUGGUGGCAUCGUUGUGGCGGCGCUGGCGACGAAUGAGAAGUCCAUAUCUCUUCUUAAAGCGAUGGAUCCAGCCUGGCGAAAACUCGGGCGAGUGCUCGUCUCGAUAGCGAGGCAGCUGGUGGAAGAUGGCCUUUGCCUUUUCACCAAGCUCCUCAUUUGUCGGCUGCCUUCCCGACGCUUGUACUUGUUGGUACCAUAACAACACUAAUUUCUCGACAUCCGGCCAGUUUCCAAACCGGAGCCUUGAACCAGAUAGUUGGGCAUUGUCGCCGUCAAGCCGUGAGUAUUUUGGCGAGAGAGAAUGUGAGACGGUGGACUGGCUUAUCUGUAAGCCAUACUGGGCAAAGAACCACUCGAUGCACUGCUUAUGAGAUGGUCGAAUAGUUUGCGAAUUAGCCCAUCGUCUGAGUGCGCGUCGCUGAUCAAGCGUUAAUGAAUGCCGUUCUUUUUGAGGCUCCAGGCCAACCGACAGGUCGGGAUCGGUGACCAACGACAGAUCGUCGGACAUUUCUGGGGCCCUGUUGGCGAUGCACCGAUAUAAGCGUACACUUAGCGGCGCGGUUGGCGUAAUCGUUGUAACCGG